AUGUUGUGGCGGACGCCUUAUCGCGAGCUCCGGCAGCUAUACGAGCGGUGCGCGGCGUUCAUAACGUUGGCGGCGACCGAGAAGGCGAAUGUGGCAGCCGAGGCGGUUAGUACUAUAAUGAGAUCACCUAACGGUACGGCACUGGCUAUUACGAUGGAUACGGCGUUGGGUACGAACGCGAUAGCUGCAAAUAUGCGAACGACGGCUGCGAGAACCUCAGGCAAUAUGGCAGCGACGGACAACGCGGCAACGGCGAAACCGGCGACGACUACGUUGACGAACGCGACUACGACGACAAACGACGCAGCGGAUGAUGCGGUAGGAACGAGCAACUCGGGGGUGUUGGCGGCGAGUGUGAGAACGGUGGUGGCGGCACCGGAAGCAGCGGUAGAAGCGAGUGACUCAACGGCGGCGGCCGACAUGACGUUGCCUGACGUUCCGGUAACAACGGCAGAAGCGGUGACGGCAGCUGAGACGGCAGCAGCUACGACGGACACGAUAAUGGAGGAUACGCGGUUGGCGACGGCAGCAGUUCCACACGACACUGCAGCACGGCGAAACCUCAUGACAAAGGUAGCGACGGUGAUAGCCGACGAUACAGUAGUGACGGCUGAUGAUGUAGCGAUGGCAAAGGAUGCAUCGGUGAGUGUGGAUCGCUCGACGAUUCCAGGGACGACAGGUAUAACGACAACGCCGAGUACUACUACGACGACGGUGACUACUACGACACCAACGACGAUAGCGGUGGCAUUGACGGACUCUACGGGUACGACUAGUACACUGGGCGGCGUAACGGCCGAGACGGGCAGAACGACGCACCAGACGCGAAAAAGACGCGAGAGGCGCCCACGAACAACGCCGCCAUCAUCCCCACUACGUAGUGCGCGUAUUCGAGAGCAAGGACAGAAGCAUGUGCACUUCAUGGAUGAGCAGUCGCCUGUGGACGCGGAAGCAACGCCAGCGGACGACAGCGAUCCGACGGACAGUGUCAUGCCGACAUCGUCGACAACGAAACGAGCGAGCCUCGGCAAAGGUCCUGUGAUGCAGAGCACCACGGCAGACGCUGAGAUGACGAGUGGUGGUCUAGCGACUACGACAGACAUCAUUGUGACGACACGAGCGGCUAACAGUACAACAGCAGCUCGGGCGACGGUACCAGCAGCGACGAUGAAGGGACCGACACAGGAGGCAACAGUAACGGUAAACGCAGCACCACCAGCGGAACGGACAAGUUUCGGCACAAGGCUGACAGCACGAGACGCAGCAGACACAAGGACGGCGGGCGACGAAUCGGUACUGUGA